CUUGUUUAGCGCACAUUGUAAGGCCCUUGAAGAUUGAGGUGCGAAAGUAACCACCGCUGAAUUUUCAGAGCGCUAUAAGCGUAGAACUAUGCAGCUUAUAUCACCAACCGAAAAGUCAUUAGACUCUGUGAGUGCCAAAGGCAACCAAUCUGAAGGCAGAGACGGUUUGCAUCUAUAUUUGCCACCGAGUUGCCUAUCAUCCUCUACUUGUUCAAGUAACAAUGAUGUAUUCUAUGAGCUGGAUCAUUUGAAUACCGAAUCUGAUUCGGAUAUCGAAUAUAUCAAAGGAGACGUUACGCUAGUGGAUGAUAUCGAUGCUAGUAUCAGCCAGCCCAUUAAUGAGGCACAACAGAUGUUGUUACAAGUUGUUGGAGUUUUACGAACUGAAGAGAAAAUGCGCCAAUUCCAGAAGGUACUGGAAGAUCUGAGCUCCCGUGUUGCAUCAGCUGAAACAUUGACUCAAUCGUGGACUUCACCCAGUACAGCCACUGAUGCCGCAGAUCAACUGCAACAUCUUCAACGUUUAAAAGACAAAAUGACCACCGCUGGGGCACUGUUGGAUGACUGCAAUGAGCAGCAGAGUUUCUUCACGGCGAAUCAUGUUCUUGUUCCUAAUCAAUGUCUAGCCAAAUUAGAAGAUUUGAACACUCGAAUGAAAUUGCUUCAUAUCGCUAUGGAUGAACGGCACAAAAUAUUGGUAGCGAAUGGAGCUAAACAGCCCUUUGCAGCAGAUCCAGAUGGCAACAAAUCAACACAUGGCAUAAGCACCGGUACCAUUGGCCCUAUCCCGAAUUUAGCUACUAGUGUUAAACCGCCAUGGGAAAGAGCAACGACUCCAGCCAAUGUGCCUUACUAUAUCAAUCACGAGAGAGAAAAUACACAUUGGGACCACCCGGAAAUGAUCGAACUAAUGAAAUCAUUAGCUGAUUUGAACGAAGUUCGGUUCUCAGCAUAUAGAACGGCCCUAAAAUUACGUACCGUACAGACAAGAUUAGCUUUCGACCGCCUAGCAAUGAACGUUGCCAUAGAAUCAUUCGAUCGUCAUGGUCUACGGGCACAAAACGACAAAUUAAUAGACAUACCGGAUAUGACGACGGUCUUGCACUCGUUGUAUGUAACAAUUGGAACAAUCGAUAUGUCGUUGAUGCUCGAUUUAGCCAUUAACUGGAUUCUCAACGUGUACGACUCACAGCGAACUGGUCAGAUACGUGUUCUUAGUUUUAAGGUUGGCCUAAUUUUGCUCUGCAAAGGGCACUUAGAGGAAAAAUAUCGUUACUUAUUCCGGUUGAUUGCGGAUCUUGAGAAAAAAGUGGAUCAACGCAAGUUGGGACUGUUAUUGCAUGACUGCAUACAAGUGCCCCGUCAAUUGGGUGAAGUAGCAGCGUUUGGUGGAUCAAAUAUUGAACCAUCUGUGCGAUCAUGUUUUGAGCGAGCCGGUGUUAACCAAAACGGUGAAUUAACGGAGACGGCUGUUGAAGCACAACAUUUUCUGAACUGGUUGCAACACGAACCACAAAGUUUGGUGUGGCUUCCGGUUCUACACCGCUUAGUAGCAGCAGAGACUGCAAAGCAUCAAGCGAAAUGCAACAUUUGUAAGGAGUAUCCAAUUGUUGGAUUUAGAUAUAGAUGUUUGAAAUGCUUCAAUUUCGAUAUGUGUCAAAGAUGUUUCUUUUUGGGACGCAAUGCUAAAAAUCACAAAUUAUCACACCCGAUGCAUGAAUAUUGUACCACGACCACUUCAACCGAAGAUGUCCGUGACUUUACUAGAGCACUUCGCAACAAAUUCAAAAGUAGGAAAUAUUUUAAAAAGCAUCCUCGUGUCGGUUACUUACCAGUACAAAGUGUACUGGAAGGUGAUGCUUUGGAAAGUCCUGCACCUAGUCCGCAACACGGCACACAUACUUUACAAAACGAUAUGCACUCUCGACUUGAAAUGUACGCAUCUAGAUUGGCUCAAGUCGAGUACGGUACUCGAAGUAAUUCGACACCGGAUAGUGAUGACGAACAUCAAUUGAUUGCGCAAUACUGUCAAUCGUUACCCAACAAUGUUGGACCCAAAUCUCCAGUACAAGUUAUGGCUGCUAUGGAUGCAGAACAACGGGAAGAACUAGAAGCCAUGAUCAAAGAUUUAGAAGAAGAAAACGCUUCUUUGCAGGCAGAGUAUGAAAGGUUAAGAUCCAAGCAGACUCCUAUAACUACUCCUGAUGAGACACAAAUGUCGCAAUCUACAGGGUCUGGAGGAAACGAUAUGAUAGCUGAAGCUAAACUAUUGAGGCAGCACAAAGGAAGAUUGGAAGCAAGAAUGCAGAUCCUAGAAGAUCACAAUCGUCAAUUGGAAGCACAGCUACAACGAUUACGGCAAUUACUCGACGAACCCAAUUCAUCCAAAGCUUCUACAUUACAAACAAGAUCGGUUACUGCAUCGCAGCUUAACACAGAGUCACCAGCAAAACUUCAGCAGAAUGGUCAUUACGAUCAAAACUCAAGUAUAGAAAAUGGUGCUUCGAGUAUUGGAACGAUAUCUCCUGCUUACGGUUUAACUGGUCAUUCUGGUAUCGGCACUGGUGGUGGUAUUAGUAACAUUAAUCAGCAUACUAACCAUUUAUCCUUGAGGGGUAUCAACAACGGUGUAACAGAGGACAAUAGUUUCAGUUCUGUUGAUACAAGGCCACCACCACCUCCUCAUACGAGUUUGUUACACAUGGCUGGUGAUUUGAAUAAAGCUGUUGAGGAGUUGGUGAAUGUUAUCACUGAGCAGAAAAUUGAACAACAAAACGGCAAUGGAAUUCAUCAUUUGACUGAUAAAUAAUUUGAGCAAACGAGCUAUUUAUUGUGGCUCAAAGCACAAUUAUCCAAUGCGGUUUGUAAUAUUUACAGCAACUGUCGAGGAGUGUAGUGAAUCGUAGGUAUAUUGCAUAACCAAUAGAAACAUAUUGUUUCUUUGUAACUAAUCUUAUACGAAAACAAUAAUACAUUAAAUAAGCUAAUAAUGGAGCAACAUAUCUAACCCAAACACAAAACGUAGAGAAUUUUUAUGUGAAUACAAAAAAACCCAACAGUUUUAAAUCGAUAUCAUACGAAACAUUUGAUAUACCAUGAGGGUACCAAUUUCUAUUAAUUUUCCCAUAGUCGCUUGCACGGCCAAUGAAAUCAACCCAAAUUUAAGUUCAGUUUACUCAUAAUCGCAAAAGGUGCUGUAACUCAGCGAUGAGUAAAUUUGUGUCAUGUUUUCCUGUGUCAAACUUCUCAAAUCUGCCGGAAAAUGGCGAAAAUUGACGAAAAUUUUACUGAGUCUAGGAGCAGUACCAAUAGACUGAGAGAAUCCAAUCUUUACUUUUGUCGUAUUCGGGAUUUUUUCCUGGAAAAACCUGUAAAAACAUUAAGUAAAUUAACUCGCUGAGUUCCUGCACUUUUUAUGAUGGGUGAGUAAACUUAACUCAAAUUUGCGUUGAUUUCAUUGGUGAUGCACUAGUGUUAAAAACAGUAAACUGUUUUAAAUAAAUACUGUAUAUUUUGUCGAUACUUGCAUUUGCGUUUUUAAAUAGAUGAACUUCGGUUAAAAAUCUUUAUAAUAAAGAGAAAAUAAUGCGUUUAUGUCGUUUUGUUUUUGAGUUUUUUAAGCGGAAAUGAUAACUUACCGCUCCGAAAAAAAUAAUAAUGUUUUGCAAGAAAUUUUGAAUGUUUUGAAGAAAACACACUUAAAUAUUCCUAUUGGUUUUGUCGUGGGAUAUGGUGGAAAAUGGUGAAAUCUAAAUUUGAUGUUGUGAUUUCGCUGAUAAUGAUUACUCAGGUUGGUGUCGUUUUGGCCGUUUUAAGGGUUAAAAUAUCAAAAUUGAGAGCAAACAAAUCUUCCUAUGACAUCACAUUGAAAACUAUUUCUGCUAUCGGUGAAAACAAACUGAAAACUAAAUUUGAUAUCAAUUUUUCCUGUUGAUAACAAAACAAGUCAAGCUGAACAUUGCAUUAGGUUCUAAGUAACAUUGACAGAUUCUCUUCGUCGACUUUCUCUUUGUAUUUCCACAGCCAUAUCAAGCUGAACAUUGCAUUAGGUUCUAAGUAACAUUGAUCGAUUCUCUUCGUCGACUUUCUCUUUCGUUAAUAACUUGAGCACAUAACCGUUUCUUGUUGUGUUUGGCGUAUUAGAUGCUAGAUAAAAGCUUCUUUUAUCGAUCUGUGUGCUGAAAAUACCUGGGAAUGUCUUUACAUGGCCGUGGGGAUACAAAGAGAAAGUCGACGAAGAGAAUCUGUCAAUGUUACUUAGGACCUAAUGCAAAGUUCUUGAUAUAAAGACAUGCCCAGGUAUUUUCAGCACACAGAUCGUUAAAAGAAGCUUUUAUCUAGCACCUAAUACGACAAACACAACAAGUAACGGUUAUGUGCUCAAGUUAUUAACGAAAGAGAAAGUCGACGAAGAGAAUCGAUCAAUAUUACUUAGGACCUAAUGCAAUGUUCAGCUUGAAGUAUUCAAUUUGAUGUUAUGCUAAGGCAAUGAAAACAAACCCGCAACAACAUAUUUUUGAAGAGCAAAUGUACAGCAAAAUGAAAACAAAAUUAGGUAUCAAAUUUGUCCAUUGCGUAAACUGAAAUCAAAUUAUGAUUUCAGUUUCAUGUUGAUAUCAAAAGUUGAUUUCAAUUUGCUGUCAUUUUGAUGCUGGACUUUGCUCGGGUCCCGUGUGUACAAAACUUGCAGUUUUCAACACCAGCAACAUGAGCGAAAAUUAGUACACUGAUGGUAUAUCGAUUCAUUUUAUUUUUGUUGGCUUUUAUGUAGAAAUAACUUCGAUUUUGUACUAUUUUCUAUUGGAUGAUAUAAAUGAACUACAAACAAUCAUUAAACUUUAAAUACUAAAGUCGCUACUAAAAAACAAAAAAAAAAAAUAGCAUUCAUAUCAGCAAAUAAUCAAUACUUAGCAGUGACAGUUAUGCUUGAUGACCUGAUAGAAACCUGUAAAACUGAAACACAUAUCCCGAGGUUA